CCAUUUUGGAUGAUUCGAAUGUAAACGAACCGAAACCCCAGAAGAAGAAAAAGAAACACAUGGACGGGAUCGAUGGUGACACAUCCCUGAACGCAACCGUGGACGAUUCGGUGGCAAACGGGACCAAAUCUCAGAAGAAGCACAAGAAACGAUUAGAAGGGGUCGACAGGGACGCAUCCGUGAAUGUGAAAUCGGGUGAUUCAAUCGCACACGAGACCGAGUCCCUAAUGAAAAAAAACCGAUUCGACGGGAUCGAGGAUGACCCAUGGAUGAAUGCCGCCUGGGAAACAUCGAUCACAGACGAGACCGUGUCCGAGAAGAAAAGGAAAACGAAAAAGGACAAACAGGCAGACGAAGGGAACACGUUUGCAAGCAGUGGUAAGUGUGUUUGUUGCAUCCCGUCAAACCAUCAUGCCACGCUCGCACUGUGUAUUUCUCACUCACAGAAUUACCACUUGGAAAGAAAUUGA